AUGGCAAACUCCGUCCUGUUGCACUCCGAUAACUGUAGCCCUGGCUCAAAAUACUUUGCUGGUAGCCCGCCAAGCGACACGCACCAGCCGAUCAUGCUGCACGUCCGCGGCUGCAGCGGUCAAGUGAUCUGCACCAUCGAUCCCUCAGCCCGCAGCCACAAAGACGGGAUCGUCCUUGACGACCUGGCGCUCACCGUAGGCAUGCGCCUAGACGUGCCCGCCAACCGCAUCAGCAUUCACUUCGCUGAAGGACAAGCUGAACUAAAUCCGAAAAUGACCUGGGCCGACUGCGAACACCUCACUGCCCAACACAGCAGCUACGAACUACUGGCAGUCGUCCGACAUUUUCGAGACGGAGGAGCACCCGAACUAUCCCUUGCCAUUCAGAUGGAGAAUCACCGACAAGUCUGCAGCCUGCUAGAAGAGCUAGUGGACCCCAACAUCGCAAUCAGCCACGACAGCAACUACGCACCAUGCAGCCCUUUGUGCAUCGCCGCCUACACCAAUUUUGACAACCCCUACAUCGCCCAGGCACUCACCGCGGCCCACGCCAAUGUAGACGGGAAGCACUUCGCCAUGAGUCCUCUGACGGCAGCCUGCGAAAGUUACAACCUGCAGAUGAUCAACUUCCUCGUUGAAGCCCGCGCAGACACAAACCGACCAACGUCGUCCACGGACACGCCUCUGCUUAUUGCGGUGUCCAUGGAUUCCGCACCGCUGGUGCACCUCCUCCUGCGCCACCGUGCCAACAUCAACCAACAAGAUCAUUGGCAACGCGGUCCCAUAGAACGGGCCUUCCAGCACAGGGCACCCCGAGCAGCAGCAUGCCUUCUGCGGGCGAAAGCGCAAGUGCAGCCGCACACAAAUGCCAACUGCUUACUCCACCGCGCCGCAAGCAAAGGCAGCUUAACCUGGAUCAAAAUACUCCUCGCAGCCGGGGCAAACCCGCAAAGCAGAGAUGAGCACGGCCGCCUUCCCAUCAAUGUCCUCCGACGCCUGCCAACCUUUCAACAGCGCCAGCAAAUCAAACGCAGCCUUUGCUCAGCCAGUCCCACAGCCACUCGCCGCAGCCCAUCCGCGGAAAAUCCAGUGGGUCACACAGGCGAGUAG